AUGGUCGUGACGGCCGCUGCUUCGAAAACAACAUCCCUCUUUGUCGAUCCCAGCCCAUCUUGCUGCCCCAACUGCGGCGUCGUGAUCCCCCCCCACGAUGCCGAGCCGCCAUCAACCCAGCUGCUCGAGGCCCAAGCCCGCAUCGCCGAGCUCGAAAUCCAGGUCUUCCAGCUGAACCAAAAGGCCACCGCCGCCGUCGACCGCUGGGCAGACUACGAGGCCGAGCUGACCAAGCUGCGAGCCAUGCUGCCGUCGUCAACGCCCGAACAAUCGCACAGUCCCACCCGCUCGUCCUUCUUCCAGGCCGGAGCGACGAGGAUAUCCGCGCUGAUGUAUUCGCGUCGACCGCAGACCGCGAGCCCCCCGGCGGUAUCCAGGGCCGCGCCUCCCGUGACGCCGCCCCCGACUGAACCAAGAGUGACAAUGACGCCGUUGACGACGACGACGAGAUAUAGUGGCCGCACAGCAGAAGACCUGCUUGAAGCUCUGAACAAGGAGCAGAUGCUGCGUAAAGCGGCAGAGGGUCGCCUCAAUGAGACGAACCGGGAACUCGAGGAUCUCAGUGCGACGCUGUUUGAGCAGGCUAAUGAGAUGGUGGCCACGGAGCGACGCGCGAGGGCGGCCCUGGAGCAGAAGGUGUCGGAACUCGAGCAGCGGGAUGUGGAGAAGAGAGUACGGUUGGAUAAGCUGGAGCUAGCUAUGCAUCGAAUUGAAAAAGUUAAGACGCUGCUGAUAGAAGGAUACGACGCAGAGGCUCUGACGUUGGCGUCUAGGGAUAUUGAAUGA